GAUCUAUAGUUUGUGGUAAUCAGCUGUAUUGUCAAAACAAAACAAAAAGAUUUGAAAAAUCAAAAUAGAUUUCUGCAUUUUAACUGAAAAAGUUGAAUAAUUUCCACAUGAAUUACUCUUGAAAAGUUCUUUCAAAGUUUUGAAUUCACUGAUUUUCAGCAUAGCAUAAAAGUUUUGCGAUGGCACUAAUGAAAUCAUCAAAAAUCCCCAAAGAUGCGGUGAUUUUGGAUGAAAUGGAAGCUGCGGGCUAUAUUUGGAACAUGAUAGCCGACUGGGAGCCUUUAUCAGACAUAUGGGCAUUACGCUAUGGUGCAGUGGCGUUAGGAGCGGUGAGCUCACUGAGUGGGCUCCUCAUCAACAAGCACUAUAGAUGGAGGUUCAAGUUGGGAAACUAUGGCUACUUGUCCUCAACCAUACCAAUUGUUGUUAUGCCGGGCCUUCUCACCUUAUUGUUUCACAAACAGCUAGUCACAACAAACAUGCUGCUCAUGAAAAAUAAUGCGUGUCCAAUAUGCCAUGAAAUCAAAUCAGGAGUUUUGCAAUUAGGCUUUGGCAUUGGAUACCCAAUGCUGUUGGCGCCGACUUCGGCUUUAAUGUUCGCCAACAGAUACGCCACAUACAGGGUGCCCCAUUUAACCGAAGGCGUGAAAGUAAUGUUUAAGUUCCUUCGCGUCCAUACAAAGUCGUUGACCGGCACUCUAGCGUACAUCGCCGCGCUGCAGUUGGCCGCGUCGGCCGUGGUCACGUACUUCGAAAUGAGAAAUAAUAUUACUUUAAGAAAUAAAUUAGCUGAAAUCGAAAGGAAAUUAGAAAGUGGACUAUAGUAACUAAUACAACUAGGAAUAAUUAUCUGUAUCUGUACUCGUAUAUUAUAAUAACUUUGUAAAAAAAUAUUUAUUUAGUGGUUAAAAUAGAUUGUAAAUAAGUUGUAUUAAAUAAUCUUGAGUUAU